UGUCCAAGAUGGGAGUGGAGUGCUUGCGCAUUCCACUUAUACAUAUAUAUAAACACGCUGCAUGACUCAAGUAUGUGUAUGCAAACAAGAGCCAGCAAGAUCUCAGUAACAAAAGACGCAAUAUGUACAGAGUUUUUGUACUGACACUAAUCUUGAUGAUUAGUAUGCAGGCUCAGUGUUUGAUUGAUAUCCCUGAUUUUAAAUGCUUUGAAGAGAAAGCAGAUAUUGUAUUCGUACUCGACGGUUCAGGAAGCAUUUGGCCACCUGAUUUCAGGAAACAAUUAGAGUUUGUUAAUUAUUUCAUAGAUCAUAUUGAUAUUGGAGAAAAUGAGGUGAGAAUUGGUGUUGUAAAUUUCAGUAAAAAUGCAGAACCUAGUAUCUAUCUAUCGGAGUUUAACGACAAACUUAAAUUGAAAGAGAGAGUAUUAGAUGUUUCCCAAGAACAUGAAAAUACUAGAACCGCUUCGGCUUUGAAUUUACUAACCAGUACAAUGUUUACAACUGAAAUGGGUGCCAGGAAAAAUGUCAGACACAUUGCAUUCAUUCUAACUGAUGGGAGUUCACAAGAGCCGAAGAAAACUCAAUUAGCUGCCAAAAAAUGCCGAGAUGCAAAUAUAGAAUUGUUUGCUAUUGGAAUUGGAAACGAAACCAACAAAGAAGAAUUGAAAGGAAUUGCCAGUCAACCCAAAACAAGCCAUUACAUUCAUGUAUCUAAUUUUAGCGCUUUAAUCAAUGAAAAAGGAAACAUAUUCAAAAUUUCGUGCACGAAAAAUUAUAGAAGUCAGGUCAAUACUGAGGUCAAUACUGAGGAAGGGUGCAAAAAUAUAUCUGCUGAUGUGUUUUUUCUUCUUGAUUCAUCGACUAGUAUCAUUCAAGAUGACUUUACAAAGCAGCUGAAUGCUGUGGAAGAUAUCAUAGAUACCUAUAGCAUUGGCUCUGAUAAAAUGCGUAUCGGGUUAUCAUUAUAUAGCAACACUUACAAGCAAGUCAUAGAUUUGAAAAAUGGAGUUGAAAAAUCAACUAUUAUUAAUAAAAUCAGAGGUGCUCAGUACCUAGGAGGCGGAACGAAUACUGGCAACGCUCUAUACAAAGUUAUAACUGAAAUAUAUCAUGAAAAAUCUAGUAGAAACCGUUUUUUGAUUAUAUUUACUGAUGGACAAUCACUUGAUAGAAGCUUCACAAUAACAGAGGCUAAAAAACUCAAAGAAAAUGGUGUAGUUAUUUUUGCUGUUGGAGUCGGGCCGUUUGUUGAUCAAGACGAACUGAAUGCAAUAUCCAGUAAUCCUUCGGAAGAAUUUGUUUUGCAAUUUGUGAACAUGGACCAGCUGUCGGAAAAAGUGAAAUUUCUAAGCAAUAAAACAUGCACAAAAAUUACUGAAAAUACACAAAGGGAUCAAGAGUAUUGCAACUCAACCAAAAUUAGCGAUUUUGUAUUUGCUCUAAACAACAACUAUUUGGGACAUAGGAAAACAACAUAUAUUCUCAAAGCUCUUGAUGAUAUUACUGGAAGAAAGUCACUCCGUGAAAAAUUCAGAUUCGGAAUGGUUUUUGAUAAGUGUCCAGAUUUACAGGAUAUUUCAUUUACGUACGAAGAUAGUAAUCAGACAGUCCAGCAACAAAUCAUGAAAUAUAAAAAUCAACCACUUCAUACAAUAUUCGAAAAAUUAAACAAUUUUGAAUAUUCAAAGUCCUUGAAUCGAAGAGUAAGUCUCGUAUUUGUUGAUGAAUCCAUGCCUUUAGAUAACCUUAUGUUGCUAGCUAGGUUAGCUCGCAAAAACAUGGAAAUUUACAUUGUGGCAAUUGGAAAAAAGAUGAGUUUUAAGGAUAUCGAAGCUGUUCCUUCAAGCCAUAUUAUCUUCAUACCGUCAUAUGAAGUUUUACUUUCGAAGUUUUAUCAUAAAUUCGCCGAAUUAUUUUGUGUUAAAACUAGAGAUGUUGAAUUAUCUUAAUAUUUUAAACCUAAUGUAAAGUUUUAGACUUUUUAAGCAUAAACGUCUAAAAUUCUAUAAUUGAAUAAAAAUAUACCAAUAACUA